ACACCGGAACAAGGGCGGAUAACUCUGACCGUGUCACUCCAGCAUGGCGAUGUUUAUAAACUGCACAGAGGUACUGGAUGGUGUGUUGUGCAAUGGGACGCUGUACACGGUGCCCGAGGCACGCCUCACCAUCCAUGACAAAAUGUUCUGGGUGUAUCUGGCCAUCUACGUUGGGCUGGUGCUCACUGCAGGCCUGGUGUCCGGAUUGACAAUGGGCCUGCUGUCACUUGACCUUAUGACCCUCAACAUCCUGAAGGACGGAGGCACGACUAGGGAACAGAAGUAUGCUCGAAGGAUACUGCCCCUUGUCAAACGACAUCAUCUACUACUGGUGACGCUGCUCCUGGCUAAUGCUGCUGCCGUUGAAGCCAUGCCCAUCUUUUUAGACCGGAUCUCGGACCCGAUCAUCGCGAUUUCUGUCUCGGUCUCUGCUGUCCUCAUCUUUGGCGAAGUUGUGCCCCAGGCCCUGUGUACGAGGUUUGGGUUGGCGAUUGGCUCAACUCUUGCCCCGGUAGUGUACAUCCUGAUGGGGCUGCUCUUCAUUGUGAGCUGGCCACUGUCCAAGCUCCUAGACUGUGCCCUGGGCAGCAAUCACGGCACUUUCUUUAGGCGCGCAGAGCUGAAGGUCCUGGUGGACCUGCACGGACCAGGGGAUGGAUCCGGAAAUGAAGAACAUCUCACAACGGAUGAAGUCCUCAUGAUCAAGGGAGCGCUAGACCUGAAGGAUAAACGUGCAAAGGAUGCCAUGGUAAACAUUGACAAUGUCUUCAUGAUCAGCUCCGAUGCCUGCAUGGACCACAACACUAUGACACAGAUCUUGUUUCAUGGACACUCCCGCAUCCCAGUGUACGAGGAGUCUCGGUCGCAGAUCAAAGCUGUGUUGCUGAUGAAAACCUUGAUCAAGCUGGACCCAGAGGAUGCUAUUCCUGUCAGCAGCCUCUUGCUCGACCCCCAAUACUUCCGCCCGGUCAUUUUUAUUGACGACGUCAAACCACUGCAUGACCUUAUCAAUCUCUUCCAGACUGGCAAAGGUCACUUGGCUGUAGUGCGGAAAUCAUAUCAGGGGAGACAACUCCGUGGCCUACAGGACAACACUGAUGAUAUAACGCCAUUACUGGGAGAGUCUCAAGAUGACCUGCAGCAUGACAGCCCACAGCAGAUUGGUGAGGUCAUGGGGAUCAUUACGCUGGAGGACGUCAUCGAGGAGCUCCUGCAGGAAGAGAUAAUUGAUGAGACCGAUGAAACACAGAUACGUCAACGGAUACAGCUGGCUAAAGCAAUGGCUACACGCAAAAUGUCAGUGUUGAAGCGAAGUCUGUCGCAUCCAGAGCAGUCAAGAGGUCAAGUCCAGGCUGGACAAAGCCUUGUUGGACACUCAAGUGAACAUUUGAAUGUGGAUGUUGCCAUAGCAACAUCACAACGAUCAGAUGAUGCUCCACUUCUAGGGAGUGGGGAGGUGUUGGCGUGA